AUGAACAACGACGAUGAGGAUACGCUAGAGGGACUGGGAGACAAACAAGAACCAAGAGCAACAAAGACGAGUGCGAGAUUUCGAGAGCAACUUAGUGGUGUGUCGCUGAAUAAACCCCACGAUAAACUAGAAUCUCACAGAACCAAACACAUUGAGAUUGACUGCCACUUCAUAAACGAGAAAAUUGAUGCUGGAAAUAUAGCAAUAAGUUUGACUUCUAAUCAGCAAACUGCUGAUAUCUUGACAAAAAGUUUGGCAAGGCCUAAUUUUGAGCGACUUAUAGCCAAGCAGUUGAUGCGGCGGUUCGGAUUUCAAAAGAAGGGGGAAAUGGAUGCAAUUAAAUUUGUAGGAGGUUCACCUUCAAGAAUUGUUGCAGCAAAAGCUAUUGUUGAAGCCGGAAUAGCUGUGAUAGGGCAUGUUGGUCUUACUCCUCAAGCCAUUAGUGUUUUAGGAGGAUUUAGGCCUCAAGGAAGGAAUGUUGCUAGUGCUGUCAAGGUUUAUAUCUCUAUUUUUUCAUGCAUGAUCCAAUUUUUACGUAUCCUAAAAUGA